AAUCAGUACCAUCUAAACAACGUCAAUAAGAUUGUUAUUACUCGACCUCAUGUCCCUGUAGGACGUGACAUUGGCUUCCUUAAGGGUGACCUACAUGAGAAGACUAUGCCUUGGGCCUUGCCAGUCUUAGAUGUACUAGAGCGUCACCUGACUAAGGGUGUAGUAGAGACUGCACUACGGAAUGGUAAUAUUGAGAUUGCUCCUCUAGCACUUAUGAGGGGUCGAUCCUUUGAGGAUACUUUCGUUAUUGUAGACGAGACACAGAAUAUAACACUGCAAGAAGUCAAGAUGCUUGUUACCCGUAUUGGAGAAGGCUCUAAGCUAGUUCUUAAUGGUGAUAUUCAACAGAGUGACUUGACAGAGACGGAUGGGCUAACUAAGUUGGUACACUACGCUAAGAAGUAUCUACUACCUAUUCCUAUCGUUGAGUUUGGUAUUGACGAUGUGAUCCGUAGUGAUAUCUGCCGUUCAUGGAUUAAGGUGUUCACCGAGGAGGAAGGGGAGUUUGAACGGGUGGAAAGUCUUAAGAUCGACACUUUCGAUGCGGUAAGUAAACCUAGUCACUACAACCACGGGGAUGGUAUCGAGUGUAUCGACUACAUCCGUCAAGUCUUGGGUAAAGAAGGUUUCAUUGCUUACUGUCGUGGUAACCAGAUUAAGUACCAACACAGGGCUAUGUACAAA